GGGGGAUGUAGUGUUCUGUUCACACACUCGCUUCAGUCUGAGCACAAAUCAAAAUGGCACAGUGUCUUCUGUUUAUUCUGAUGAGCACACUUUUCUACAAAGUAAAUUCCCUGACCUGUUAUCAAUGCAUACCCGAGACAUCAAUAAAAUGCACUGAAACUAAAGUGGAGUGUGCUGUCGGUCAGUGCGGUACCAUGAAAACCACAUCUUACAUGGGUAACAACAAGUUGGCUGAAAUGAUUAUGAAGAACUGCUCUUUACCUCAACAAUGUGUGACUGCAUCUGUGAACCUAGGAGUUACAAAAACAGUCAUCAGUAACCAAUGCUGUGAUACUAACCUGUGCAAUUACCAGAGCGAGCCAGAAUCACCCAAAAAUGUCCCAAAUGGUAUAAUGUGCUACACCUGCAAUGGAGGGGAUUGCUCUUCAACUUUGGCAUGUGUUGAUAGUGAAGAUCACUGCAUCAAAGCUACAGUUGAUGCUGAUGGACAGAUGAUGAUGAUGAGAGGAUGUGCCACCAGAAGUUUUUGUAGAGGCGACCUGUCCACACAGAUUGGCCAAUCCAGCAUAACCAUGGGUCUGAACUGUUGUAGAGGAAAUCUUUGUAACAGUGCCACAACUGUGCGUGAGAGCAGUCUGUUUCAAAUAGGGCUGCUGCUGUAUGCUAUUGUACAGGCAUCAGUUUGAACUUUGGGGUGUCAUGGUUCUUCAUAGGGUGUCAACUCUACAGAUAUUCAUGUACCGUUGCUGUCCUUCAAAACCAUUGGAUGUCCAAAUUCACUGCUUUUCAGGAAAUGGAAAAAAACAUUGUACUUUUAAAAUGAUUAAAUACUGUGUUGUCAAAGUUAAAAGCAUGUUUUAAUACCUUUUAUUGGUUAGAUAUUGGAAGUGACAAACAUAACGAGUGACUAAUUGUAAUGAUUUAUGGCAAAUAAUAAAAAUCGCCAAAUAUGGAGGUUGCAGAAGGACAGUAGCGAUAUGUUUCUGUAAGAUUGCUCCUACAUAUGAAAAUAUAGAACAUAUGAGCAUAGUUGUAUGAGUGCUUGUUAGAUUAUAUUUAUUUUGUAUUUACAGAAACUUUUACAUGGAUAAUUAUUGUCUUUGCAACUGAAAAAUCCAGUCAUUUAACUCUUUCAAUAAAUUGAAUAGAUUUCAAUUGAGCGUGUAAUAAAUCUUUAUGUAUGAGACCACCACAGGUCAGAGCAACUAGUUUCUCCGAAACUAGCGUGUAACAGCGUACAUAUGUUAACUGAUAUUUUCCUUUCAAGAUGACGAGGGGUUAGGUUUCAAAAUGGAAUUUAGUUUCAAGACACAAAUAUGGUUCCAUAAAUCCUUUAUGCCUUAGGCUUUUUAAUUGUCUUGGACAAGGAAAAUUAAAUUGCACCCUCUUACACGCUCAAGUACAUGCAUCCAUUUCAUAACCUAAAAAGAAACGCAUCCUGGUUUUUUUCUAUUCCAAACCUUCCAUUAAUGUAAAACUUUGCCAUUUCUCUUCAUCGCAACAUAAGUCAUUUGUCUAUUCAUUAUACUACACUGUAAUGCUCUUUGUUUGCCAUAAUAGGGCGUGAAAGAGCAGAAGUAUAGUAUAAAUAGUGCUGCAGAUGCUUGCCACACUCCCAAAAAUAAAGGUGCUUCACAGCGAUGCCAUAGAAGAACUUUUUUGUCUAAAUGAUUCCAUAAGGAACCUUUAACAUCUGAAGAUCCUUUCUAUUCACAAAAGGUUCUUUGUGGCAAAGAAAGGUUCUUCAGUUUAUAAAAAAGUAAGAAAGAGAUGGUUCUUUAAAGAACAUUUGACAGAAUGGUUCUUUGUGGAACCAAAAAUUGUUCUUCUAUGGCAUCGCUGUGAAGAACCUUUUAGGCACCUUUUUAAGUGUGUAUAUGUUUAAUUCAAUUCUUUCAUUACAAGAGAAAAUCUGGUAAUAAAACCAAAAUCAAAGAAUACAUGCUUCCCAAUUCUUAUUAAAAAAUCCCAAAUAAUGUAUCUAUGCUGACUGGCUUUCCAAGAACACGUUUUGCAUAUAUCUGAUUUGCAAGAGUUUAUGCAUUCCAUGUGGCCAGACACAGCCCUAAACGGUUUAUUAGACAGAACAAAAAACAAAGCCAAAAAACUGUUAAAUUAUUUUUUAUUCCACUUACAUGAAAUUACAUAUUUUCCCUCCAAAUAACAUUUAUGCUUGGGUGUUCUGUAUGAAAAUUCCAGAGACAUGACACAAAGCUAGCCAGCCCAACAGUACCCCCGUUUCCUCCCCAUAUUAACUACUUCAAAGCCACAUGCAAUUUAGGCAAGUAUCAAAAGAAAUGAAAGGAAAUUGUGGAAAAAACAUUUUAAAAACAAAUUACUGGAAAAAAAAAAACUCGCACUGAUAUUUCCUACUGCUCUGCUUAUACAGUCAAGCGGUAACCGUACAAA